CGGUACGGACUUCCGGUGUGGAUGUUGUGGCGGCGCCAUCUUGCCUGCAGUAGGGUGCCUCUCAAAAAACCUGAACAAAGAGACAUGGGCAUGACAGAAAACUGCAAAAAAGUGAAAACAAGUGACAACAUUUAAUCACUUAUGUUAUUUAGUGAGAAUUGUACUUCUGUAUUUAAUAUCUUGAUUUUAAAUGUUAAACUGAAUUGGAACAUAGUGACUUUAACGUGAAAUAAGAAGGCCGUAUGUGGGAACAGAAAGUUCCCCGGAUGUAACAGUUAAAGACGUCAUGUGUAAACAGGAAGUUGGAAACGAGAAGCGGCUGAUUCAACUCAACAGAGAAGAGGAUAAACGCAUCAACAAACUCAAGAGGAACUCACAAUUACUUCUUCGCCUUAAAGAAAGCACUAAGCGUCACAGAUUUGCGUCUGCUGCUUUUGUAGUUUUACUUCAUAUUGUUUAGAAAUGACUUUGCCUCCGUAACACAAGUUAACGUGUGCUAUCAAGCUAGGUGGCUAACCCACCCCAAGUUUUGUGUAGUAUUAGAUUAGAUCAGAUUAGAUUAGAUUAGUUUAGUAUGACUGCUGUGAUAGUUUCUUAUCCUGAGAACUCAAUGCUGAAAGGUAAAGCUGUCUACAGUCUAACAGUAGUAAACUUCUCUGCUGGAUGUCGUCGUUAUGGGAGACAAGGAGCUGAGUCUUAUUGACAAGAAUGUAACAAGUUUGCUUGAUGUCCCUUUAAGUCAGACCGUAACAUCGCUCAAUCUGCACUGCAAUCACAUCCAAAGAAUCGAGGGCCUGACCUCCUCUUGGCACCUGCGGCAUUUAGACCUCUCCUCCAAUUGCAUUUCUAAGAUUGAGGGUCUAAGUUCCCUUGCUUCCCUGAGGACUUUAAAUUUAUCCUGUAACUCAAUCACCAAGGUUGAAGGACUGAAUAACCUUGUGAACCUGACAAGAUUAAACGUGUCUUACAAUCAGAUAAACCACCUCACUGGCUUGUUGUAUCUUCAUGGCACGGACUAUAAAUUGAAGCACCUCAGUCUACAUGGCAACCACCUGGACAGUAUCGAUCAUCUCCUGCAGUGCCUGCUGGGAUUACAAGGAUUAAGAGAGGUCACUUUGAGCGAGGAUGGUUCAGACAACCCUGUGUGUAGGUCAACAGGUUACAGGGAGAUUGUUAUGCAAUCGCUGCCACAGAUCUCUACUCUGGAUUGUCUGGACCGGCUGGGAAAUCUGUCCUAUCAAGGUUUAGGGAGUCCUUGUGAUAUCCCAGGACUGGAGGACUAUGUGGACCUCCUGCUGUCCUCAGAUACCAGUCACAAUGAAGCAGUUAGAGGGGAUGUUCCUCUCACCACACCCCGCAUCGACGAGGUGCUGACCCACUUUCGACAGAGGAUUGCCUCCGAAGCAAUCACAGAUCCACUCACACAGACAGAUCGUCAGUGCUUCCAGCGGGUUUGUUCCGCCGUGGCUGAUCCAGCAGACCCCGUUAAUGAACAACGCAUCAGGAAACUGGAGCACCAGGUGUCCCAGCUCAUCCAGCAGGUGCCUGCAGAUGACAAAUCCACUGUCUCUGCUCAUCCUGUUGUGACGGUACGUAAAGCCAAGAGGGACACAGACCGUACGUCAGAGAGCGAGUGUGACAGUGGAAAAGAAAACAAGAGGCGCACCAGGAUCCCUAGACAUCGUAACAGCACAACAUCGAGGACAAACCCAAAGGAGAUGAAGGGCCGCAGAUCAGACAGCGAUCAGGAGAAUCAUAAACAGAGGAGUUUAAAGUCCACUGUGGGGACCUCAAGGAAGACUGGAAGUACAGGGGGGCCGACAAAGAGGGCACCUUUGAGAACUGCCAAGACCUCAAGCGACAUGAAAACGAAACCCACCGAAGAGGAGGAAACCUACAGGACUAUCGUGGAGGAGCGAGACCAGGAGCGGGAGCGGCGUUGGAAGGCAGAGCAGGCUGUGAGGAAACUAACAGAGGAUCUAAAGUGCCUGCAGACGAAGGUCAGCGAGGAAAAAGACCUCCAGAGCAUGGCCCUGCACACCACUGACAGACUGAAAGAAAUGUUGCUGAAGGAGCGAUCGGGGCGAUCUCAGCUGCAGACUCGCAUUGAGGAGCUGGAUGGGAGAUGUCAGGCUCUAACCCAACAGCUGGAGCAUGCCCGCAGCAGUGAAGAACAACACAAGAGUGUGCUGUGCAGACUGGAGGAGAGCAAGUCCCACGGUGAAGCACUCAGGGCUCGCCAGAAGGCUGAGGAGAUGAAGAGGCAGCAGGAGGUGGAGAACAAAGCAGCAGCUCUGAAGAAGGAGCUGGACAUCCAGAGAGCCUCAGUGUGUCAGCACAAAGACAAACUACAGCAGCUGCAUGAACUCUUAGCAUGCAGAGAACAAGAGCACAGAAAACAGCUGGAGUUGCGGUUGCAGCCCGGUGGGGCAGAUUUCCGUGAGGCGGUAGAGAGAGAAGUUGCAUCAGUGGAACGUAGACACGGCCACAGGGAGGCGGAGCUUCAGGAGAUACUGGGGGAGGGCAGGAAGAAAUAUGCUGCUCUGGAGGAUGAGUUCCGCAUGGCGCUAACCAUUGAAGCAGCUCGCUUCUCUGAGGUACAAGAGGCUUGUGAUCAGAUGACAGCUGAGCUUGUGGGGGUCAAGGCGACCCUCACAAAGUCCCGGGAGAGGGAGAAGAAAUCAGGCUCCCUGGUGCAGGAGCUCACAGUCGUGGUCAGAGAACAGAAGAGCCGCAUAUCUGAACUCAUCAAAGCAAAGAGAGAUGCUGUCACUGAUCUAAAGAGUCGUCUGCAUUCACUGGAAGCUGAAGUGGAGCAGGACCGCCGUCUGGGCCUGCAGCUUGAGCUGCUGAAGAAAGACAAGUCUCGACUGCUGUCUCAGCUCACAGCUCAGGAGUCGGUGAUAGACGGCCUGAGAGCAGAGAGGAGGAUCUGGGGCCAGGAGCUCGCUCAGCAAGGAGCAUCCUUGGCUCAAGAUCGUGGACGCCUGGAGGCCAGGAUUGAGGUGCUGAGCACUGACUUGGAGACUCAGAAGAAACAGAAUGAGAGGGAGUAUGAUGCCUUAAAAAUCAAAUCGAAGAUCAUUGAUGACCAGACAGAGACCAUUCGCAAACUCAAAGAGGCCCUGCAGGAGCGUGACGAUCAGAUCCGCAGGCUGCGAGAGGAAUUGGUCCAGGCUCAGAAAAGCUUCCAGCAGCGGCUUGAGGAUGAAACAUCUCAACAGACUGAGCUGAGGGAGAAAGUGGAGCAUCUGAGCCUACGCAAAGAGGAGCUGAAACAGCAGCUUGAGGACAGGGAGGCUCAGCUUGAGGAAGUCAAAAAAAUUUACAGUGAUUCCAGUAAGAAGUGGCAGGAGAAAGCAGAGCUGCUCACUCGACUGGAGAGCCAAGUGAAGCGCAUGAAGGACAACUUUGAUUCCAAGGAACGAUUGCUCCUGGAGGACAGAGACAGAGCAACAGAGGCACACAAAUCUGUGGUGGAGAAGUUACACUGUGUUGAUGAUGCAUUUCGAAGACAGCUAGAAUCUUGCCAGGCUACUCAUCAAGCUGAACUGCUACGGCAGGCAAAUGAAAAGCAGAAACAGAUUGAACAAGCCAAGCAAAAGGUAUUUGAAGUGGAGGAGGAAAUGCGUCAGCUGCUGGAGGAGACAGAAGCUAACAAGAGAAUCGUGGAAGAGAAAAUGAGACGUCUCACAAGUGUAUUAAAAGACUUCUGAUACCCGAUAUUCUUUGGAGCCAUGGCAGUGUGCACAUUGGAACAAUACAACAUAGUUGUAGACAUAGGACUGUAUAUUAACCUUUUUUUAUUUUAGUAUUUUCAGAUGUAAUUAAUAAAUUCCAUUGAGAAUA